CUCCUGCCGGCGCUGCGCUUGGUUCCGUGGUGCCGCUCAUCAUGGCCGGUCCGGCGCGGCGCCUCGCGGCCUUUGUGCUGCUGCUGUGCGGCUGCCUGAGCUCCUGCCGGGCCGGGCUGUACGUCAAGGAGGGGCAGCACUGCUACAAGCCGACCCCGCGCAGGACGCCGGGGCUGAGAACAUACCCCCGGCCUCACGAGUACCUGGACAUCGCCAAACUCCCGCAGAGCUGGGACUGGAGGAACGUCAAUGGCAUCAACUACGCCAGCACCACCCGCAACCAGCACAUCCCGCAGUACUGCGGGUCCUGCUGGGCACACGGCAGCACCAGCGCACUGGCAGAUCGAAUCAACAUAAAGAGAAAAGGUGCGUGGCCUUCUGCCUAUCUCUCAGUGCAGAAUGUGAUUGACUGUGCUAACGCAGGAUCCUGUGAAGGUGGAGACCACACGGGUGUCUGGAUGUACGCCCACGACCACGGGAUUCCAGACGAGACCUGUAACAACUACCAGGCUAAGAACCAAAAGUGCAAGAAGUUUAACCAGUGUGGAACAUGUGUCACGUUUGGAGAAUGCCACGUGAUUAAGAACUACACCCUCUGGAAAGUUGCUGACUACGGUGCUGUCAGCGGAAGGGAAAAAAUGAAGGCAGAAAUCUAUGCUAAUGGACCAAUUAGCUGUGGUAUAAUGGCUACUGAGAAGCUGGAUGCUUACACUGGAGGACUCUAUAUGGAGUACAACCCCUCACCCACAGUGAAUCACAUUGUAUCCGUGGCUGGCUGGGGUGUAGAAAAUGGAACAGAAUACUGGAUUGUUCGUAACUCGUGGGGUGAACCCUGGGGUGAAAGAGGGUGGCUGAGAAUUGUGACAAGUGCAUAUAAAGGUGGAAGAGGAGCAGAGUACAAUCUUGCUGUUGAAGAGGACUGUGCGUACGGAGAUGUUAUACUUCCUUGAUUCUACACUCCACAUCUUCCUUUUUUUUUCCCCAAUAACUUUGGAAUCAUCCCAACAAAACCCUGAUCUGCUUAAAGAAUAGCCCCAAACUUCCACAGCACAACCCCAUCAUGCUGUUAUGCAAAACUAGUCCAGGUAAUACCACACUGAGUCUCCAAAGUAAAACCAAUACAAAGCUGCCUUCAGAUAAUUACUCAGAAUUUAAAAAUUAAAGAAGUAAUUCACCUAUGAAGGUUCUCUGCCUUGUUGCACAGUAUUGUAACCAUGCUCUCUUCCAGAAGCUGUAUGUAAAUCCUGGUGUGUGUAUAUAUACUUUUAAAUAAAUACAAAUUAUGUAGUGUACUGGGACAGGAAAAGGGUACACAGUAUUUGGGUCUAGAGCUUAUACCAAAGUAACAAUUGCAUGGUAUUUGCUUAAUACUUUGUUUUUAAAUCUGCAUAAACUGAAGUCUGGACAUGAUAUACUCAAAAACUAAAUCCUCCCAGUGAGAAAAUGUUUCUGUAAGUCUCAUUGCUUUUAUCCAGCCAAGGCAAUAACAGGGCUUAAAUCUUAUAUUUGCUCUAAUUCCUUGCCUUAAUUUAUGACUGGCUCUGGUAUUUUGUUUCUAGAGAGGCAAAGCAUAAAUUGCUACAAGCCAGAGCUCUCCUCCUGUUCACUAAUAUGAGGAAAGGCCAUAAAUUCUAUUCCCUAAAACUGAGUCAAUUACUAAGUGGCAAUCAGUGCCGUAUCAAGCAUCACUAACUGGCAUUGUUAAUUGUAUGUAAUAAAAUGACAGUAUUACCUUA